CCUCUGUCCCGGAAUUAGCCGGACUGUUUGCAAAAACCUUGAGCCACGGCUUGGGCAGCUGUAGAAACUGCACCCGGAGACGGAACGCGGGCUCCUAAAUGCUCCGAAAGAAGCAGAAAAGCGCAGGUGCCUGUGCUGGGCGCUGUCUCAGGGAGGUCUAAGCGCAGCGUCUCCCCGUUAGCACGUUCUUGACUCCAAUCAGCCACCGUAGGCCCAGCAAACCUCUGUACCCUUUCCCACUGUCCUUCGGCCCGUAGCUCUGCGCUUGCUCACCAACGAGGCUGCCUCGCGCACCCACCCCUCCUUCGACUCUGUCUCCCACGCCGCAGCCUCCGCCAGCCGUGACUGCGCUUGCGUACUGACGCCCCCACCGGCACCGCAUGGGAGGAGGGGAUGGAAAUGAGGCUGGACCCUGCCGCUUUCGAGCGCACCCUGCCCUGCCCUACGGUCGCUGGGUGCACGGCGUGCGGUGCAACUCCUUCCCAUCCGAGGGCAGCGGGGCUGCGACCUCGGCCUCCGCGGGAGGGGCCCGCAGCCCCGCCCCCGGGGAGGUGCAGUCCGCAGGUCUCCUCUCUGCCCUCUACGGCUUCAACUCCACACCGGGGAUGAAAUUUAGCAACAAGGAAGAAAUUUAGCGGCCCUCGUGGCGUCAAUGGACUGAGACUAAGCCAAAAGGUUUCUGGGCCAGCAAGAUGCUGGAGCGAGAUGCAGAGCCGGCGGCUGAGGCCACAGAUCCUAGUCCUGCAGGCAAGGAAGCAGUGACCACAGGCGGAGCUCCCCACCAGGGUUCGUCCAAGAAGCCCCACCAGUCGGCUCCGGGGCCUGCUGCCUCCACAGAGACGCCAUCUCGACCCCGCCGACGACCCCCGCCCCAACGCCCGCACCGAUGCCCCGACUGUGACAAGGCCUUCUCGUACCCGUCCAAGCUGGCCACGCACCGGUUGGCACACGGUGGCGCUCGCCCCCACCCGUGCCCCGACUGCCCCAAGGCCUUCUCCUACCCUUCCAAGUUGGCAGCCCACCGCCUCACGCACAGCGGCGCCCGCCCGCACUCGUGCCCGCACUGCCCAAAGGCCUUUGGCCACCGCUCCAAGCUGGCAGCCCACCUCUGGACCCACGCGCCCGCCCGCCCCUACCCGUGCCCUGACUGCUCCAAGUCCUUCUGCUACCCCUCCAAACUGGCUGCCCACCGACACACGCACCAUGCCACGGAUGCCCGCCCCUAUCCUUGUCCGCACUGCCCCAAGGCUUUUUCAUUCCCCUCCAAACUGGCUGCCCAUCGCCUAUGUCAUGAACCCCCCACGGCGCCGAGCAGCCAGGCCACCGCCCGGCGACAUCGCUGCUCCAGCUGCGGCCAGGCCUUUGGCCAGAGACGCCUCCUGCUCCUUCACCAACGCAGCCACCACCAGGCUGAGAGUCAGGGGGAGCGGGAGUGAGCCCUCCGCUUGGCUCACCGGCCCCCUCUGCCGCCAGCUCCAGUAAACACAGGUGGCAUUUCUAAACCAGGCUUGCCUCUUGUAGCUGGCAGGGAGGUUGGUUCCUCCUUACUGGGCUGUAACUUAAAAGGUGGAGGAACUCUUUGCUCACCCACUUUGGGGAAGGGGAGGGAAUGUAUCAACCACAGAGAGUUAACCGGCCCCAAACCAUGGACCUGGAGCUGUGGUGGGAAAGAACCGGCCCUGGUUUUUCCUGACUAUUCAUUUGGCAAAGGUAAAAAGUCUUGCUAGCAUUGUGGGGUGGUGGGGAGUGUGGGAAAACAGGCCCUCUCCUGUUGUUGUAAGUUACAUUGGUGCUUCCAUUUUGGCCAUUUGGCUGUACCUAUGAAAUAUUUAAAUGCACACCUGCUCCUGUCAGCUAUUCCACUAAGAAUGUAUCCUAUAAACCCCAGCAUGUGAACAAGGCAUAAGGACAAGGAUGUUCGCUGCAGCAUUAUGGUUGUGCCCAAAGAUGGAAAACAACCCAAGUGUUCAUCAAUCGAGACCAGCUAAUUAAUUACAGUACAGCCAUAGAAUGGAAGAUGUAGCUGUAGGGGGGAGAAAUCAGCUCAUUGUGUACCGAUGUGGAAAGAUUCCCAAGAUAUAAAUGAUAAAAGCCAGAACAAGGGGCAUACUGCUGAUAGUAGGUAAAGUCCUAGCUUUGGAGCCAGCCCUGACCCACUGCGUAAGAGCCGAGGGGCCUUGGACAACCUUUGGCACUUCUCUGGACUCAGAUACCUUAUCUGUAAAAUGGGAGUGUUAUAAGGCCCUUGUAAGGGUGCAAGCAUCAUCAUCUUGGGCAGGUCAGUUCCCUUCUUAGAGCCAGUUUCUCUCACUAUAAAAUCAGAUGAGUGAGCUAACAUUGGACUGCUCUUCAUCCUACACAUUAAGCACCUACUGUGUGCUAGGACCUGAAUAGGGUAUUAGGAAUACAGCAGUAAAUAAGACAGACCUGGUUUAGUGAGGAGACGGGUCACUAGUCAAGUAGUGGCAAAAAAAAAAAAAAAAGUAAGCUUAAGUCCAUUUUGAAGAACAAGUAGGGGAGCCUUGGUUCUGACAUGUGACAACCCCCACCUGGAGAUCAGGGGUUGGCAAACUUCCUGUAAAGGGCCAGGUGGUAUAUAUUUUUAGGUUUUGCAGGCCAUACAGCGUCUGCCAUGACUACUCAACUCUGCUGUUGUAAAAGCAGCCACACUCAUGACACUGUAAUGAAUUUGUGGCUGGGUUCCAAUAAAACUUUAUUUCAAAAACAGAAAGUGAGCUGGAUUUUGCCUAUGGAUGGCAAUUUGCCGACCCCUGCUGUAGAUGAGUGGGGAAAGGACAGGCUAAUCUGUGAGUUAGCUGAGGUGGGGAAAAAUGAAAUGGGAGGGACCCUGUGAUGGGCAGAAUAAUGGUCCCUCAAAGUUGUCCCCAUCCUAACCCCUAGCACCUAUAUGUUAGCUUACACAUGGCAGAAUGGACUUUGCAGAUGUGAUUAAGGAUUUUGAGAUGGGAAUAUCCUGAUUAUUUGUGAGCCCAAUGUAGUCACAAGGGUCCUUAUAUGAGGAAGAGGGAAAUAGAAGUCAGAGCAGAUGCGACAGUGGAAGCAGAGAUUGAGUGAUGCAGGGCCACGAGUCAAGGAACUUGGCAGCUUCUAGAGGCUAGAAAAGUCAAGAAAAAUAUUCUCCCCUAGAGCCUCUAGAAGGAACCCAGGCCUGCUGCCACCAUGAUUUUGGCCUAGAGACUGAGUUUGGACUACUGACCUCUAGAACUGUAAGAAAAUAAAUGUGUAUUGUUUAAAGUCA